AAACCCAGUCCUGCAGCCAGCUUUCUCUCAUUUCUCCUCGGCGGCAUGGUAGCAGCGGCUGUUCUUUCAAAUUUCUCCGCCUGGAGCUCCGGCACCAAAAACCGCGCUGCCACGUCUUGUCCUUCACCUGAGGUUUUUCCAAUCUAACCAGCUUACACUGUUCAUCAAGGCUCCUGUUUAUUUUGCACGAGUAAGCAUGGAAAGCCAGUUCUAAACACAAUGUAAUUUUACCCAGAAUUUGACAUUCCAUUCCGAGGUUGAAGCACAGAGACUAAGAAUUAUAGAGUCUCAAUGGCAGCUUCAGAGAAAACUCUAACAAUUAACAACUGCACAACAAGUGAAGGUUGGACAGUCGUUUUACCCCGUCGCAGCAGACAAAGAAGAAAAGCUACCAAAUCUAGAGUUUUGGAGGAAAAACAAGAACCAUGGACUCCAUCAGAUUCUCUGACUGAUCCAAGCAAAGAAGCAACGUUGGUGCAGAAAAUGGAAAGAUGUAUAAACAAGAUUGAUAAAUCUGAAUUCUAUCAUACUUUCAGGGAUCAAAUUCAAACAUCAGUUGCUGAUUACAUCAAUAGGGUUUUUGCCUCAGAGAUAAAGAUGCAAAUGGUCAUUUAUGGUAUAGGAAGCAUUGAAUUGUAUGAGCCCCCUCGAUUGCAGCUUAGCCUUGCAAUAUUGUUGAGAAGAGAUUUCAGUUGGAUUGGAAACGUAGAGGUAUUUGAUCCUAUUCUUUCUGCAACCGAGUCUCAGGUUUUGGAAACUCUUGGUUGUUCUGUCAUGUCCAUAAACGAGCAUGGGAGGCGGGAGGCACUAAAGCCAACAAUGUUCUUCAUGCCUCACUGUGAGGCAGAGUUAUAUAACAACCUGUUGCAAGCAAAUUGGAAAUUGAACCUCUUGAAAAACAUGGUAUUAUUUGGGAACAGCUUUGAAACAUAUGAGCAGCAUGUGUCAUUGUGUAAGAACUCACCUAUUCUUAGUUCAGUGGGGCAUAUUUUGGCUGCUCGUGGAUUUACAAAUGAAUUUAGAAUCCAAACAGUUUCAGAUGAUUAUUAUAAUGCAUUCCAUGAUUCUAGUUGGCAUAUUUUCAGCCCUAUCCUUGAGUCAGAGUUGCAAUUUAUCAAUUCUUAACGGAGGGUUUCUGAUAAACAUCAAUAUUUGGCUGUGCGUCAUUUAAGCAUACUGUUGAUCCAGUGUAAGAACUCUUAUCCUCCUAUGGCUGUCUCUUGUAUCGAAAUAUGCUAACCAAUCGUUUCUUUUCA